CAGUGCAGGAAAAUGGCAGAGGCCAGUAUUUCAGUAGGUCAGGAUCACUUCAGCUGUCCAGUGUGUCUGGAUCUCCUGAAUGAUCCAGUGACUACUCCCUGUGGUCACAGUUUCUGUAAGGUGUGUAUUAAUGCUCACUGGGAUCAGGAGGAUGUGAAGGGCAUCUACAGCUGUCCUCAGUGUAGAGAGACUUUCACUCCACGGCCUGUUUUAUACAGGAACAACAUGCUGGCUGAAGUGGUGGAGAAACUGAAGAAGACUGAACUCCAAGCUGCUUCUCCUGAUCACUGUUACGCUGGACCUGGAGAUGUGGAGUGUGAUUUCUGCACAGGGAGAAAACACAAAGCCGUCAAGUCCUGUCUGGUUUGUCAGGCCUCCUUUUGUGAAGAUCAUCUUAAACCUCACUAUCAGUCUCCUGCCUUUAAGAAGCACAAGUUAGUUGAAGCCUGUGAGGAGCUCCAAGAGAAGAUCUGCUCUGAACAUGACAAACUGAUGGAGAUCUACUGUCGUACUGACCAAAGCUUCAUCUGUUACUUGUGUACGAUGGAUCAACACAAAGGUCAUGAUACAGUUUCAGCUAAAGCAGAAAGAACUAAAAAACAGAAUGAGUUAAAGGAGGAUCAGAUAAAAUCCCAGCAGAGGAUCCAGGAGAAGCAGAAGAAGGUGCAGGAGCUGAAACAGACUGUGGACAUUAUUAAGAUACGUUCACAGGCAGCAGUAGAUGACAGUGAGAGGAUCUUUACUGAGAUGAUCAGCUCCAUGGAGAAAAAGCGCUCGGAGGUGACGGAGCUGGAGAUUGCUCAUCUUAAGAGGAGAGUCACUGAGCUGGAGCAGCUUUCACACACACACGAUGACCUCCACUUCCUCCAGAGUUUCCCGUCUCUCUGUGUUUCUCCUGGAUGUGACGACUCACCCAGCUUCACUGUCAAGCAACAUCUCUCAUUUGAUGGAGUGAGGAAAUCUCUCUCAGAUCUGAAAAAAAGAGUGAAGCAAAUCUGUGAGAAGAAAUUCAACAAAAUCAGACCACAAGCUGCAGCAGUUCAGAUGAUUUUACCUUCAGAACCAAAGAGCAGAGAAGAUUUUCUGCAGUAUUUCUGUUAUCUGACUCUGGAUCCAAACACAGCACAUCAUCGACUCAUUCUGUCUGGGAAGAACAGAGUGGUGACACGGAGUAAGAUACAACAGCGAUACUCUGAUCAUCCAGAGAGAUUUGACAUCUAUACUCAGGUGUUGUGUAAGGAGAGUGUGUGUGGACGCUGUUACUGGGAGGUGGAGAGGAGCGGUGAUGUGGACAUAUCAGUGUCAUAUAAAGAGAUCAGCAGAAAAGGACGGGGUAAUGAGUGUUUGUUUGGACACAACAGUCAGUCCUGGAGUCUGGAGUGUUAUUCUUCCUCUGACUCUUUCUGGCGCAACAACAUUUAUACUGAGCUCAGAGGUCCAUCGUCCUCCAGAAUAGGAGUGUAUGUGGAUCACAGUGCAGGAACUCUGUCCUUCUACAGCGUCUCUUACACCAUGAGGCUCCUCCACAGAGUCCACACCACAUUCACUCAGCCUCUAUACGCUGGAGUCAGGAUGUGGAGUAAUAAAUCAUCUGUGAAGUUUUGUGAUCCAAAAUAAAAUGUUAGUAAAAGUGUUUAUAAAAACUAUAAGUGAGGUGUGAGAUUUAAUUUGUCCCUGAGCUACACUGGACAUUUUGUGUGCAGAAACUGGAACAGUAAUGAAUGCAGAAUGUAGAAACAGACUAUUUAACUGUAUGCACUAUUAGGAUGGGUUUAUUAUAGUUGAUAUAAAAAUGUUCAAUGUCUCCUCAGAAAUAAUAAACUUUACUCAAACUG